GAACGGUUUCAGAGUUGUUUGUUUCUCUUGGAUAAAGGAGCCCUUCCUUGCUUUUCUUUUUAUUCUUGCUAGUGUUGGAGGGAACAACUCCCCGGAAGCAAUUUUUCGUGGGUGGUAAAACAUACCAAUUCCUCGCAACACCAAAAACGAUGCAGUUCUUUCUAAGCAGCCUCCUGCUUCUGCCCAUGCUGAUCAUCUGCAUCUUAGAGUCGCUCCUGAAGCUUUUUAUUCCUAAGAAGAAAAAAUCAGUCACCGGAGAAAUCGUCCUGAUUACUGGAGCUGGACAUGGAAUCGGGAGACUGACUGCCUAUGAAUUUGCCAAACUGAAAAGUAAACUGGUUCUGUGGGAUAUAAAUAAGCAUGGAGUUGAGGAAACGGCUGCUGAAUGCAGGAAACUGGGUGCAAAGGCAUAUGCCUUUGUGGUAGACUGCAGUAACCGAGAAGAUAUUUAUAGCUCUGCGAAGAAGGUGAAGGCAGAAGUUGGAAAUGUUAGUAUUUUAGUAAAUAAUGCUGGUGUGGUCUAUCCAGCGGAUUUGUUUGCUACCCAAGACCCUCAGAUUGAAAAGACUUUUGAAGUUAAUGUACUUGCACAUUUCUGGACUACAAAGGCAUUUCUUCCAGAGAUGAUGAAGUGUAAUCAUGGCCAUAUUGUCACCGUGGCUUCAGCAGCUGGGCACACUGUGGUCCCCUUUUUAGUGACUUAUUGUUCAAGCAAGUUUGCUGCUGUUGGAUUUCAUAGAGCGUUGACUGUCGAACUGGCUGCCUUAGAAAGAAACGGAAUCAAAACCUCAUGUCUCUGCCCUAAUUUCAUUAACACUGGCUUCAUCAAAAACCCAAGCACCAGUUUGGGACCCACCCUGGAACCUGAGGAAGUGGUAAACAAGCUGAUGAAUGGGAUCCUGACUGAGCAGAAAAUGAUUUUUGUUCCAUCUUCCAUAAGCUUUUUAACAAUGGUGGAAAGGAUCUUUCCUGAGCGUUUCAUGACAAUUUUAAAGCGAAAGAUGAAUAUUAGGUUUGAUGCCAUUAUUGGAUAUAAAAAUUGAAGGACAAUAAGUGCUUGUUUUUUUUGAAAAUUGAUUUACCAGGGCUAAGAGUUCAUUUAAUCUAAUAUUAAUCAGAAUUUUAAUGUUUGGACGUCUGCUUUUUCUAAUUAUCAUGUUUUCUUUAAUAUCACCUUUUGAAGCUCUGGCAGUCCUCUUUUAUUACCACUGUUCUUUAACUGAACGCUAAUGUCAUAUAAUACGAAGACAAAUACUUUAGCAAUCAACCUAUGGAAAAUGGAGAAAAAGAACAAAAGCAGUUUUACAAUAAUUUCUAAGAUUUUAUGGCUCAUAUGAAAGCUUUGCAAAUUUGUACUAUGAAUGUUUAAGAUAUAUUUUUGUUUUUAGUUACACUUAAAUUUUAUAUAAUUCACAUUUCCUUUUUCUAUUGUACAUAAAAUAGAAACUUUAAGCUCUCUAACUACAAAGAAGGACUAUCUCUAGUGGCAUUUCAGUGAAUUUCAUGUGAUGUAAGAAAUGUCACUCCCACAUUUCAUUUUACACAUUAUGACUCUGUUUUCUGAGAGGUACCUAACAUUCCAAGAAAACAUUUCGGCACAAGGAACUAGAAAUGGACACGUGUUUCAAGUAAAAAAGCAUCAUUGGUACUUAAGGCAGAGAUUUGGGAGAAUAUACUCAUAAGUGGCAACAACAAUAAAUGGAUCAAACUUAAA